CCAGGAACUGAGGGUCGUGGGAUUUUGAAAGCGGCUGAUGGUGAACCGCGGUGAAACACUCAGGAGGUGUCAUGUGCGUGUUUUUAUGACAGGUGAUGAAGAAACAUGGAUCAGCUUGUCAGGGCUCUUUUACUCUUCCUCUUAGCGCAGUUACCGGCUUCAUUUCAUUGCAAAGAUGCCCUCAGUGAAGAUGAUGGAGGAUGGGGACUGGAUUCCAGUAUAGAGGAUGAAGGCGAGUGCAACAUUGAGAUCAGAGAUGUGAACUCAAUAACACACACAGAGUUUAUUGAAGAGUAUGCUUAUGCAAAACCAGUCAUACUCAGAGGACUUACAGAUAACACAAAGUUUCGCUUCCUGUGUUCCAAAUCCAAUCUGUUGAGAGAGUAUGGAGUGAGAACAGUCCGUCUCAGCACAGCCAACACACACUCAUACAGAAAAGUGGAUGUGCAGUUUGAAGAGUUUGUGAAGUUCCUUUUGACCCCUCAGCCUGAAGACACGCUGGGCAGUGAUACACUGUACUUUUUUGGGGACAAUAAUUUCACAGAGUGGCAUUCGCUGUUUGAAGAGUAUAAUGCGCCACCCUUUUCUCUUCCACUCAUGCAUCCUGCAUAUAGCUUUGGGAUUGCUGGACCAGGCACUGGUGUCCCAUUUCACUGGCACGGUCCUGGCUACUCUGAAGUUAUCUAUGGCAGGAAGCGUUGGUUUCUAUACCCGCCUGACGAGGCACCUGAGUUCCAUCCCAACCAUACCACUCUCUCCUGGGUUUCUCUGUCCUACCCAAACCUGGAGCUCCACCAGAGGCCCCUGGAGUGCACCAUACGACCCGGAGAGGUGCUGUAUUUUCCAGAUCGUUGGUGGCAUGCAACUCUUAAUCUGGACACCAGCGUUUUCAUUUCAACUUUUCUGGGGUGAAGACUGAUGUGGUGGGACAAACGCCAUGUGUAUUUGACUUGAAGGACUGAACAAGAUUCGCUGUUCAGAGGACCAACUCAGAGGAGUUUGACUCAGUUUGAGCAAAACGAAGAAGUCAAGCCAUCCGUCCAUUAACUUGAGCAAUAUUAAUGUUUUAAUACAAGCUGCUUUUAUUGUGAGAUUUAAGUAAUUUUUUAAAAUAAAGUUGUGUUAGACAAAUCAUGCUAGACACAUGAUUUGAAUUUUUUGCAUUUGGUUUUCAUAGUUGCAUUGAACUAAACAGGUAAUCAAUUCAAGUAAUCGAUCUUAUGUCUUCCACUGGAAGCCCGUUUCUGCCACUGAAUAAAAAAAUAAAGGUUAUUGUGACUUUUUA